ACCAAAUUUUCGAACGUAUUUAUCUAACCUUAUACUAUCUAAACACAUCAUACAUAUUAAAAUGACGUAAAUAUUUCGAGAAAAUUAUACUUUUCUAAACAUUAAACUGGAGUAUUGUUUACAUUUAAGAAAUGCGUCCAUCAAUUCCACCAGGAAUUAGGGUCGUACGUGGUCCAAAUUGGAUAUGGCAGAAUCAAGACGGAGGAGAAGGUCAUGUUGGAACUGUUUGUGAAAUAGGACGUUCAGGAUCAAUACACUCGCCUGAGAAUACUGUUGUCGUAAAUUGGGAUUCUGGACAAAGAACUAAUUACCGCGUUGGUUAUCAAAACCAAUAUGAUUUAAUAAUUGUGGAUAACGCACAAGUAGGUAUUCGCCAUUCAAACGUAGUAUGUGACGGAUGUUCAAAAGGAGGUAUAGCAGGAAUAGUUUUUAAAUGUGCACAAUGUUGUAAUUAUCACUUGUGUUCUUAUUGCUACGGAGCUGAUUUACAUGAUAAAGAACACCCAUUUAUACGUUAUACAUCACCAACUUCUUUAGGUGUUCGUGUUCCUCCAAGAAAAUCUUCAAAGCGUAUUCAAUUAAAGGGAAUAUUUGUUGGAGCUAAAGUAGUGCGGGGUCCCGACUGGGAGUGGGAACAACAAGACGGCGGAGAAGGUAAAACUGGACGUGUUAUGGAAAUACGUGGUUGGGAUAAUGAGUCAUGCAGAAGUGUAGCAAAUGUUUCUUGGACUAGUGGUUCUACUAACGUUUAUCGAUUAGGACAUAAAGGAAAUAUUGACUUGAAAUACGUUAUACCAACUUCCGGUGGAUAUUAUUAUAAAGAUCAUAUGCCAGUUUUAGGCCAUCUAGAAGAACAACAACCAGUAGUUCCAACUGUGAAACCAAUGUUUUCUGUAGGGGAUCGUGUUAAAGUUUGUCUAGAAGUUGAUGCUUUAAUGAAACUUCAACAGGGUCAUGGUGGAUGGAAUCCUCGUAUGGUAGAGCAUUUGUCUAAAUUAGGCACUGUUCAUAGAAUUACAGAAAAGGGAGACAUUAGGGUACAGUAUGAAAACUGCCCAAAUAGAUGGACAUUUCAUCCAGCUGCCUUGGUUAAAGUUGUAUCGUUUCGUGUAGGGGAUUUAGUAACAAUAAUAAAUGAUUCAGCAAAAGUUCAACAAUUACAGAAAGGACAUGGAGAAUGGAUUGAGUUGAUGCACUAUGCACUUGGUAAAUUAUGUAAGGUGAUCAAGGUAUAUUCAGAUGGAGACCUACGUAUUGAGCAAUUGGACGAUGGAUUUGAAUGGACUCUCAACCCUAAAUGCGUUAAACUUGAAAGAUCACCACUUGCAACAGCAGCGGAACGUUCUAAUAGCAUGAUGGACUUAAGCCACCGACGAACGGACCAUGUUAUGACUCCAUUGUCUGGUUUAUCUGGCACCUCAAUGGCAGAUAAACUUGUACGUGAGGCUGCUCAAGGACACAUAGACUUUGUUCAGCAGUAUUUAGAUGCUCACCCAGAUCAGGUGAAUGUUAUGAGUGGCGGAAAAGCAUGUAUUCAAGUCGCUGCGCAUCAGGGUUUUGUAGAUAUUGUCAAAUUAGUUUUAAGUAAGGGAGCUAAUGUCAAUGUUGUAGAUAAAGAGGGCGAUUCCGCAUUGCAUUAUGCUGCUUUUGGAAAUCAGCCAGACACAAUGCGCAUUUUAUUACAAAAUAAUGCAAAUAUUAAUUUCUUAAACUCUAGCCAUUGUUCUGCAUUACAUAUUUGUGCACAUAAGAAAACACCUCACUGUGUUCGUGAAUUACUGACCUUCGGCGUAGAUGUAAACAUUCAAGACUCAUAUGGCGACACGGCAUUGCAUGAUGCUAUUGGAAAAGAAAAUACUGAAGUAGUUGAACUAUUGUGCAAUGCUCCGAAUUUGGAUUUUACAGUGAAAAAUAAUAGAGGCUUCAAUGUUCUUCAUCAUGCAGCCCUUAAAGGCAAUUUAGUAGCUGCAAAACGUAUUUUGCAGCUGGCUAGACAGCUUGUAAAUGUUAAAAAAGAUGACGGGUUUUCAGCUCUGCAUUUAGCAGCAUUAAAUGGCCACGCACAUGUUGUGGAAGCAUUAAUAAAAGAUGGUCAAGCGGAAAUUGAUAUCCGCAACAACAGACGACAGACACCCUUCUUAUUAGCUGUUUCCCAAGGACAUUCAGCUGCAAUAGAAAAAUUGGUUAAACUUGGCUGCGAUAUCACCGCGCGUGAUGAAGAUGGGGAUAAUGCAAUGCAUUUAUGUGUAAUAAAAAAAGCUAAUUUGUUGCAAGCUUCCCCACCAACAGCUGAUGAUUCUCCAGAUAUAUUUGCAGUCUAUGAGAAUUUGGCACAUAUACAUGAGGAUCGCUUAAUGUAUUCUAUACUUUGUUAUUUGUCACGUUUAGGCUGUAAAAUAGAACAGAAUAAUAAGGGUGCUAAUAUUUUCGAGUGGAUUACUGAUCAAAAUUUAAAAAAAAUUAUUUUGGGCAAUCAGAAUACCGAUGCAACAAACUUGCAUAACCAAACAUUUACAACUGCUUCAACAAGUUCUGCGGCCAAUAACGCCUUAACGGAUAGAUUAGUUCAAAAUAUUCAUGGGCUUAACUUGGAGUCUAAUGAACCCGUUGGUGCAAUUGCGUUAAAUAGAUUAUCAUCAGAAGAUGGGGCUGCUUUAAUGUUAGAUAAACCAUCUAGUUCAAAUCACAACCGACUGCAUAAUAUGGCUUCUAAUAUAACUAAUCGAAAACAACCAAUAAAAGUACCAACACCAAAUAUGAAUGCUAAUAAUAAUGUGGCCAUUGAAUCAGAUACCUUGAACAUGGAGGGUUCGGUCCUUAAUACUCCAGAAAUAUUGUCAACAUGCUCACAAGAAUGUAUUGUUUGUAAUGAAUCUUUACAACUAAUUAAAUUUGAACCUUGUCAACACCAAAUAUCAUGUGAAGAUUGCGGCAAGCGCAUGAAGAAAUGUUUGCGGUGUGGAACACAGAUCGAGCAAAGAAUUGAUUGCAGUGGACGAAUUAUUUCGAAUACAGAUUUAACAAAUAUGCCAUCGGCUGACCGACUUCGAUAUUUAGAGAAUAAAAUACAGGAAUAUGAAGAAUCGCAUUAUUGCAGCAUAUGUAUGGAAAGAAGUCGUGAUGUUGCUUUCCUUUGUGGACAUGGUUCUUGUUCACGUUGUGCAGAAACGCUACGAACAUGUCACAUGUGCCGCAAGACAAUUCUAAAAAAGAUCAAUUUGUACUAGGUCUGUACAACAUUAAUUGUUGCUUCGCUACAAUACAUCAGUCAUACUAGGACCCAAACUUACAUAUGUAUUAGGGUAUUCAAUAAUUCGUAUUUUUUUAAUUCUACAAAUUAAUUCUCCAAGUUUUAAUUUAAUUGUUUAAUUUUACUAAUUCAAUAUGUUCUUCAUUCAAUAGUAAAAAUGAAUAUUACUAUUCUCCACCUCCAGUUAUCAUUUAACAGGCAGUUUUUCUUCCAGUUAAAAUAAUUUUUGUAUGAAAACUGUCAAUAUUUCUUAAAGUUAAAAUAUAACUAACUAGACAUUGUUAAAAUUGGGGUAAAUUAUUUACAUAAGUUCUCUUAAUUCUUAUUUAAAAUUCUAGAAUAAGUCAUAAUUUUCGUUUAUAGUAACUUCAUUCUAUAUAUUAAAAUAAAAUUUUAAUUUAUUGAACUUGAUAUAAAAUACAUCAUAAAGAAAUAUUAAUAAAAAUCAUAAAAUUACUAAUUGGAAAUUUUUUUAAAUCACUUGCAUUCAAAUUUUGACAGAUAGAACUUAUGUAUUUUUUAUGUUAAAGUGGUUUACAUUUGUUUUUAUUUUUUCGUUACAUAUAUGGUUGAUUAUAUCUUAAGAUUAAUCUUAACAAUUAAUUUAUUUAUACAAAAUUAUUAAAUUCAUAAAUAAAAAAAUAAUUAUUGAUACUGUU